AUGUCUUUCAUUACCAAGUAUAUGUCAGGCCUUCCAGCCAGACGAAGUUUGACGACUCUGACGUCGUUUUCACCACUAAAAUCGAGUCUAAUUCGUCCAUCUGCAUUGCAGACCAACUGCACUACCGGCUUUGAGGCGGCUGGAUCUGCCUUCCCCGGUUACCUCAGCAUGCUUUUUGGUUUGACUCAAAGGAGAUGGAAGAGCAGAGGUAACACUUAUCAGCCGAGCACAUUGAAGAGGAAAAGAAGGGUAGGUUUUCUAGCGCGUGCCAAAAGCAAGCAAGGUUACAAGAUUCUUAAGAAACGUCGGGAAAAAGGCAGAUGGUACCUGACGCAUUAG